AUGGGUCAGAACGACAUCAUGGGCACCGCUGAGGACUUCGCGGACCAGUUCCUGCGGGUGACCAAGCAGUACCUGCCCCACGUGGCUCGGCUGUGCCUGAUCAGCACCUUCCUGGAGGAUGGCAUCCGCAUGUGGUUCCAGUGGAGCGAGCAGCGGGACUACAUCGAUGGCACCUGGAAUUGUGGCUACUUCCUGGCCUCCAUCUUUGUCUUCAUCAACCUCUUUGGACAGCUCAGUGGCUGUAUCCUGGUGCUGAGUAGGAACUUUGUGCAAUAUGCCUGCUUUGGACUGUUUGGAAUUAUAGCAUUACAGACUAUUGCAUACAGCAUUCUAUGGGACCUGAAGUUCCUGAUGAGGAACCUUGCCCUAGGGGGAGGCUUGCUGCUGCUUCUGGCUGAGUCACGCUCAGAGGGGAAGAGCAUGUUUGCUGGUGUCCCCACCAUGAGGGAAAGCUCUCCAAAGCAGUACAUGCAGCUGGGGGGCCGUGUCCUGCUGGUCCUCAUGUUCAUGACACUACUCCAUUUUGAUAUGAACUUCUUUUCUAUUCUGCAGAACAUUGUGGGCACAGCCCUGAUUAUCUUGGUGGCAAUUGGUUUCAAGACUAAGCUGGCUGCCUUGACUCUUGUCAUCUGGCUCUUUGGCAUCAACAUCUACUUCAAUGCUUUCUGGACCGUCCCAGCCUACAAGCCCAUGCACGACUUCCUCAGAUACGAUUUCUUCCAGACCAUGUCUGUCAUUGGAGGGCUUCUCCUUGUGGUUGCACUGGGUCCUGGUGGAGUCUCCAUGGAUGAGAAGAAAAAAGAGUGGUAACAGGAAUAGCAACACUUCUUGGGACAUAACCUAUUAAGUCCAGAACUGAUUCUCUAUGGAUUCAACAAAAACUGCCAGCAUUUUACACGUACAUGUCCCCUUCCUAUCAAAGGCACAGAUGUUUUGAAUUUGAUUUCCAGUGGCACCAGUAACAUGAUAGUUAAAAAUCCUCUUUCUUCAAGGAACGUUGCCUAGGCUUAUUCUAACUUCCUAGAUUUUGGAACUAACCCAAGGAACCUGCAUUUUGCUGAUUGCCUCAGUGAGCUGCAGUAGAACAGUUGCUGUCUUUUAAGGUCAGCAGUGUUUUAAAUUGGAAAUACUGUGAGCAGAUACAGCUGCAUCAUUCAGUGUGCUGUUGGGUUCUAGAUAUAACUUAAAAAAAAAAUACAACCCCUUUUGUCACCCUCAUCCAAACUGCAUAAGGAGCUCCAUGGCUGGUUACAGCAUUACUUAGCCAGGUGGAAAGCAGCAUCACAAAAAAUUAAUCACUUAUUUUGCUGCUCAGAGACCUGUAAUUCUAUUUUCUUUAAGAAGGGGAUGCCUUUCCUGCCCCCAGUAGAAGGCAAAAAGAAAACCCUGACAGUAGUUGUACUUCCCUCUAGGUAAGAAAAGGGAGAGAGGGUUUUUGGCAUGUCCCAGUUCUGCUCUUGAAGAGGGGAACAAAGGAGAGUUUGGGAUUUCUAAUCAGGAAUCCUGUAUGGCUAAUGAUGUUUCAAGAAACAAAUGAGAGGAGAUAGUCCUAAGGAGACAGAAUGUUCAGUUCUGUCAGAAUUCUGUGCCAAAAGAACUCUUUAUUCAGCAUUCUUUCCCCAAUGUAGCCCCUCCUGAAUUCCCAAGAGGGGAGCCAAGUUGUGCUGCAGGUUCCAUAAUAAAAGCUCCUUUCUGUUGUUAACCAGCUCUGUCCCCCCAAUUCCUGUCUGAAAUGCAGGUUAUUGGUAAAAGUGUCUUCAGAAUUACAGAAACUCCCACUUUUUCUCCCCCCAACUCAGUCCAUGCUAGUCAGUCUUCUAAUCUGUAGUCUUUGCUUCUUAGAUUCACUUC